AUGUUCCCAAAGGCGACGGCCGAUUCUACGCCGACACCAACACCAACACCAAGACCAGCCAUAGAUAUUCCGGAGGACAUUCUCUCGGUGCUCCCGUCAGAUCCCUUCGACCAACUGGAUGUGGCACGUAAGAUCACAUCCAUCGCCCUUUCGACACGUAUCUCCAAGCUCGAAUCUGAAUGCUCCAGCCUCCGCUCCUCUCUCGACGAGAAAGACGACCUCAUCUCUGAGCUACAGGCUCAGGUCUACUCCCUCGACACUUCUCUCGCUGAAAUCUCCGAUCGACUCCUCCGAGCUCACCAGGAAAAGGAGAGCCUGUUGAAGGAGAACGCUUCCCUGUCUAGCACCGUUAAGAAACUCAAUCGAGAUGUUUCCAAGUUGGAAAUCUUCAGGAAAACCCUUAUGCAGUCACUUGAAGAGGACGACAGAAAUUCUGCAGGAGGCUCCCAAGUUGUUGCAAAGAAAAUAUCUAGCCAUGAGAGUCUAUCUUCUACAUCACUUAUUGGAGAAGAGGAAGCUACAUUAACACCAUCAAAAUCAUCUUCAAUACGGAGUCAGUUCUCAGAAGCAGGAAAUUCAUUCACUGAGGAUAGUGAGAUGAAUGCCUCAAGACCUCGUAUAUCCCAAGGCCUUCUAUUAGCAUCCCAAACUAGCACUCCAAGGUUUACUCCUCCAGGUUCCCCACCGAAUCUCUCUGCAUCAGCAUCUCCAACAAUAACGUCUAAGCCAGCGUCACCAAGGCGACAUUCAGUUUCAUUUUCAACCACGAGAGGCAUGUUUGAUGAUAGGGCUUCAGUAUUUUCUUCUGUGCCAUCAAGCCAACACAGUUCAAUAACGAGCUCUGCUGACAUAGGAUCUCAAACUGGACGAACCCGAGUUGAUGGGAAAGAGUUCUUCCGCCAAGUCCGGACACGUCUAUCUUACGAGCAGUUUGGAGCAUUUCUGGCAAAUGUCAAGGAAUUAAAUUCCCACAAGCAAACAAGAGAGGAAACUCUACGGAAAGCAGAUGAGAUAUUUGGUCCAGAUAACAAGGACCUUUACACCAUAUUUGAGGGAUUGAUCACCCGCAAUAUUCAUUAAAUUACUAAAUUUAUAAUCAAUCCAAGUUUGAUGUGUCAUCCCCAAUUUCUCAAAUAUCUCUGUAAAUAUGGUAAUGAUUUGGUAUCACCAUACAAUUCUAUGUAUAAUCCUUCUUCCAGUAGCAUGUCUUGUUAUUUAUUUAUUUGUGAAUCUUGAUACAAUGACAGAUCAAACUCCUAGAAAUUAAUGGUUUGUUUUGUUGCUAA